ACUGGAGAGAUGCCGGAAGAGGAAUGUCUGCGACUAAGUCAAGGGCCACUGGAUAAGGGUUGUUGAUGGCAAAACAGGUUGGAGACUACAUAAGACUUUGACAGUUGGCGGGAAACCAUCAUCAACUGGAGAGAUGCCGGAAGAGGAAUGUCUGCGACUAAGUCAAGGGCCACUGGAUACGGGUUGUUGAUGGCAAAACAGGAAGAGGAAUGUCUGCGACUAAGUCAAGGGCCACUGGAUACGGGUUGUUGAUGGCAAAACAGGUUGGAGACUACAUAAGACUUUGACAGUUGGCGGGAAACCAUCAUCAACUGGAGAGAUGCCGAAACAAUGGAAGAGCCUAAAGACGAAUUUAAGAUCUUCACCGACGGAGAAUUUUCUUCACCCAUUUACAGAACCAAAGCAAAACGAGUACAGGUGGUAUAUUUCUGCCUUGACUCCCCGAUAGGCACGUAUAACCACGCCAAACAACGAAUACGAGUUGAUAUCAAAGCUAGUCAACUGUAUGGAAAAGAGGUGGACAUCGAUGUUUUUCGAUUCGACAGAUUCUACCGAGAUCGAUUUUAUGAUAAAAUAAAAGUUGACGAAAAGGACAAACCCCAAAUGAAAGUGGAGAUUUUUAAAAACUACACAUGCGAAGAAGUUGACGAGGUGUUUGAAGUGCUCGGGAAGAACGCUCAUAAGUUUGACGCAUAUUUCUUCCAUUUCUUCACUUACCUGCAGGUUGGAGAGAGAGGCAAAGCGGUCAACAGGCACCUCAAAGACUACAGACUUCAGUUCUACGACCGGGCGAUCCCUCUUGACCACAUUUUCGACAAAAUAAAAGCCUGUCCAUCGAUGGCUCUCAAACCGAAGAUUUUCUUCGUACAAGCGGACAACCUCGAAAUGUUGCAGCCACUGGUGAUUAAGAAGGCAACGCCGGUGACUUCCGAGCGAAAGAUUCCGAGCGACGCUGACAUCCUGGUGAUUAUGUCGACCAUUCCACAAGAGUUGGCCUCAAGACCCAGAAGACAACGCACGGAAACCAAUCGGCCAGUUGAUCAACCUUCGGAAGAUUCCGCCGCUAGGACGGGCGCCGAAACAAGGCUUAAACAAUGCUCCAUCUUGGUUCAGGCCAUUGUCGACAUUUUGGAAGACCAUGUUUUCAGAGAUGAAGAUAUCUUCACUAACACGCCUCUGAUACUCGGCAAAGCGAAAGAAAUUAUCGAUACCACGGUCUUUGGCGAUGACUAUAAAGACUACGAUAUUCCGGUGCCGACAGUGCGGUCAACGCUUACAAAGUUCUUUUUUUUUUAAAGUUCUUUUUGAGCAUAAGAAACGAUGGUAAAACACAAUAUUUUAUAUUUUCCAAUUUUCUGUUGUAUUGUAUAUUGUGUUAGGAGAAAGAGAAAAGUGUAUUUCUAUGGUAAUAUAUAUAUAUAUAUAUAUAUAUAUAUAUAUAUAUAUAUAUAUAUAUAUAUAUAUAUAUAUAUAUAUAUAUAUAUAUAUAUAUAUAUAUAUAUGGUAACCAUUAUUUUUCCUGACCGUUGUGUAUUAGAUCAGGCGAUUCUUACAAUAAUUUUACGAGGCUUGCCAAGCCGCUAUUUUUUCUAAUUAAUUGUUCGUGCCGAGCCUGAUGUAUUGCAAAACGACCAGGAAGUAAAAGGUUAUUCUGUUUAUCAUACCACUCACAUAAUAUGUAUAAAUAAAUAAUCAGCUUUAUUUUUAGGUUCCUGUUGACGUGAUUGAAGAAAAAAAUCAGACAGCUUUUCAAUAGGCUUAUACCAAUUUAGUGGUAUAAUAAAUAUUGACUUGCGAGUCUUUGUGUAAAUUAUCUACAUUAAAUACCUGUUCAUUCCAAUAGCAGUUUAUAUUUCUGACAUUUAUUCAAAAUAUUAACGGACGUUGUCUAUAAAUAAUACGUUAUGAAAUAGAGCCGUUAUAGUUGUGUGAGUUCAAUUAUAUGCUUGUCUUUCUGCCAUUGCAAUAACAUAGAACCUAUGUCACAUAUAGAAGAACUUUGUCAUUGAAACGGACUUCAAUGGGACAAUGUCUUCUACAUGCAAAAGCUGUAUAAUGUUUAGCAUGCUAUUGUUAAGCAUUGUUGACCAUUCGAUGAUAUGUUAACAUGUUGUGCUUACCAAUUGUGCACACACCAUUGUCUCGCAUGGAUUGUAGUAAAUAUAUAUAUUUAUAUAUAUUUCAUUCAUGCAGAAUUCUUAUGAAAUAUCGAAUUCAGAAUUUGACAUUAAUAAUUACAUAGAAUAAUCGUUAAACAUAUGCAUGCGAAAAGAAAGGAGGUCGAUUUAACUUUACCGGUAUGUAAAAAAGAAUGGAAAAGCGUGUAACUUUAUCGUUGCUUAGCGCGCAACACUUAACACCUAACGCAACACAUAAUAAUCCGUUUUAUCCUAUAUAUUCCUUAUACCUAAACCGCCCCAAACCCCCGCUUUGUCGAUAGAGAUGAACAAUUGGGUACCGGUAAAGUUCAAUUUAGCCAAGAAAAGUAUGCAUACAUUCUGAGAUAAAUACAUCGCAAUUCGGUCGUGUUAUAUUUCCCACAUCACAUUUACAUAUUGACGUCAUACUUGAGAUUGUUUUCUAUAACCAAAGUUUACACAUUACUUCAUAUGAGCCCCGUUCUUUGAAAAAUGUGCUUAAUGCAUGCGCGUAAAGUGUCGUCCCAGAUAAGCCCGUGCAAUCCGCACAGGCUAAUCAGGGACGACACUUUUCGACUAAAGUGAUGUUUCUCUAAAAAGAGUCCUCUUUAAAACGAUGCCACACAAUCGGAAAGAAUCGUCCCUGGUUUGCAUGUGCGCAUAUGCAUUAAGCCCAGUUUUCCCAGAACGCGAGUCAUGAAAACACGGUUAUAAUGAAGGAACGCUUAGGAAAUAACUAUUUAUUGCAUAAGACACUUUGAAAAAGGAAAUAGCUGUAUUCUUCUAUUGCAAACUCAACGUUUAUUAUUGUCAUGUAUGUUCACUUUAUUGCGGAAUGAAUGUAUUUGUAGCCUCAUAUUAAACACUGAUUUACACGUUAUGUAUAUGCCAAAUCAGUUCAUUGUAUAAAUGUGUCGCGUUCUGAGAGAACUGGGCAUAAUGCAUGUGCGUAAAGUGUUGUCCCAGAUUAGCCUGUGCAGUCCGCACAGGCUAAUCAGGGACGACACUUUCCGCUAAAAUUGGAUGUUUGCUAAGAAGGACUUCAUUUAAACGAAAAAUGUCAUAAAAGCGGAAAGUGUCGUCCCUGAUUAGCCUGUGCGGACUGCACAGGCUCAUCUGGGACGACACUUUACGCACAUGCAUUAUGCCCAGUUUUCACAGAACAAGACACAAAUUACCACACGUCACUCUCACGCACACUUUAUCUCCACUAUCUUACACACACGCUCACAAACUGCUACUUUUGCUACACACGUAGACUUUUCGACAGCAUAUAAACCAUAAGGGAUGCCUACAAUUUUCAUUCAUUUUAGGCCAACAAAACAAUGGCAUCAUCUUUUCCUCAUUAGAAGAUGCCCAUUAAUAAUAGAUUGUGUAUUGUAUUAUAUAAAUAUGUUAUUAACCCUCUCUCUGAUUCUUAUUUGUGUUAGUCAUUACGUUCACGGAUGUAUAUACUAUUAUCAAUUUGUUAAUACGAUGCGCUGGAAUAUUCUUUAGUUAAUAAAACAUUUCUUCUGUUC